GUGCGACAGUGCAAUGGCUGUUUCAUUCUGAGAAGAAGAGUUGCUAUGGCUUCUGAUGAUGACGUGAAUCUUUUGGUUGUUGUUGUUGAUGUGAAUCCUAUUUGGUGGGGUCAGCAGGCACUUAAUCAUUCAGAGGUAACACUUCCAAAAUGCAUUGAUGCAGUAAUAGUGAUGGGGAAUUCCCAUCUAUUUAUGGGCCGUAAUAACAAGCUUGCUGUCAUUGCCAGUCAUAUUCAAGAGAGGUAAACAGAGCUUUUAUCUGUACCAAUAUCAAUAAUAGUUAAAAGGGAGAAUAACACUCAUUUGUGUGAGUGGCAGGCGGACCCAUUGGCCACAAGUUGCACCACAGUCGACUUCUGUUCCCGGGUAAGCAGUGGAAAUGUGGUGACCUUUCUGCAGAAGCAUCCAUCCUUGAAUCUAAUGCAUCAGGGAGCAAAGAUGGGAAAUAUGAAUUACUGACUGCUGCAAAUGAAAUGAUUGCGGAUGAUAUUAAGGAUCUCAUGACCAAAACAGGGCAAAUAAACGGACAGCAAACUGAGACUGUGUUAGCUGGAUCCUUGGCAAAAGCUCUCUGUUAUAUUAACAAAAUAGCCAAAGAUACAAAAGCAGGGCAGGAGGUGAAGUCCAGGAUUUUGGUAAUCAAAGCUGCAGAAGACAGUGCUUUGCAGUAUAUGAAUUUUAUGAAUGUGAUAUUUGCAGCACAGAAGCAGAGCAUUCUCAUUGAUGCCUGUGUCUUAGACUCUGAUUCUGGACUUCUACAGCAGGCUUGUGACAUUACUGGAGGAAUUUAUCUAAAGCUACCACAGGCCAACUCUUUGUUGCAGUAUUUGUUGUGGGUGUUUCUUCCUGAUCCAGAUCAGAGGUCCCAUCUUAAUCUACUUCCUCCUGUUCAUGUUGAUUACAGAGCUGCGUGCUUUUGCCAUCGAAACCUGAUUGAAAUUGGCUAUGUGUGCUCUGUGUGCUUAUCAAUAUUCUGUAAUUUUAGUCCUAUCUGCACCACUUGCGAAACUGCCUUUAAGAUCUCUUUGCCUCCUGUAAUGAAAGCCAAGAAAAAGAAAUUAAAACCUAUGAUUUAGAAUAUAAAACAUUUUUGUGUGUAUAUAUUACAUGAUUCAUCUGAAGGACAUUGUUUUUUUUCUUAGUAUUUCACUCUGUAACAACAAAAGAUGGUAGCUUCCAUUCUGAGAAUGAUACGUGACAACAAAAAAAUGAGUGUGAAUUCAACAGAAACUGUUGGAAUCUGCCACUUUGCAUGCAUUUCAAAAGCAAUUCCAGUGGUCUUCAGAAGAGCUUUCUUGUGUUUUACCCGCUCAGACCAAUUAUUUGCCACCAACCCUAUUACACAGCUAAGAUGCCAUCAUAAGUAACAAGUGAUGCCAUUUGCUAGCAAGCUGGAGAGAGGCAAAGAAGCCUGUGUUUGGAAACAUAACCUGUAGGUCUGCCAACUGCCACAUACACUGACCCAAUACAUACAUUUUCUGCAGGUACCUAACCAGAUUAAGAUUAUUAAUUGGUUUCAUUUUUUAUAUAUUUUUUAUUGUUUGACUUACUCAGCUGCCUCUUUCCAGAGUUCAAAGAGAAUUCACUGAAGCCAGCAGCAAAAAAAAAACUUGCUCUGUGAGCAUACAAUUUUUUUGUUUGUAUUACUUAUCUUUCUAUUUAGGCCCUCUCCUAUUCAUAUUCCAUUCUCUCAUUCUCACCACAGUCUAGGGUAAAUGCUGAGUACAAAUCUAAAUAAUUAAAAAAUUCUAAGUUAAUUUAGGAUGAAGUACCCCUUUACAUGCUUCCUUGUUACAAGUGGCAAAAGCAAGCAGAAGGCAAGCUAAAUGAGAAGCCAGAUUUUCUUAUUACUUAACUUUCGUAUUCAUUUCUAUAUUUAGACAUAGGCCAGGUCACAGUAGUGAAUGAAUAGACGUGUGUAAAAUUCUUUGUCAGAAUUUACUUGUUACACCAAAUUACCCAAUAUAUAUAGGUAAAGGGAUAUGGAGGUAAAAUCUCCUGUGGUAUAAUAGUAGAGUCCAGAUAUACUCACUCUUCCACGUCAUCCCUGAGCCACCCUUAACUGCAUUUAGGUAUUACUUCUUCUGAGGAUAUAACUAGUGAAUCUAUGAUACCUGCUGCCUGUCAGCCAACAUUCAGUGACAACACCACCACUUUUACAUAGUACUAGUAAAAUGAGACUUUAUAUUAUGGGUAGAAUAUUUUUUCAGUGCCAGCUAACCUCUACAUAUAAUGAGAUAUUUUCCUUACAUGUUCAGGGGAAAUGUCUGGUGAAGGGACAUUUCACUGAGAAGGAACUCUAGAACAAAUUCUUUCUGGUUAGACCUAAUUAUUUAGAAACCUGGAUCUCUGUGAUUUUAUGGGUUUAAAUAAGAAUACAUCUGUUCCCUAAGUAAUGUUUUUAAAAUUUGAAAAACAAAUUGUGGUAUAUUCAUGUUUACUAUUUUUAUAAAUAAAAAUGUGUUCUGUUUGA